AUGAACAAGGGAUACGCAGAAGACCUCACCGAGGGCAAAUUCUCUUUCCCUAUCGUGCAUGGUGUGAACGCCAAUCGCAAAGACCAUUCGCUGCUGAACAUUUUGCAGAAGCGGCCCUCCACGCCAACGCUCAAGAACCACGCGAUUUCUUACCUCGAGAACCACACCGGAUCGUUUGAGUACACCUGCACCGUUCUCUUCAAGAUUGAAAAGCAAGUUCGCGACGAGCUCACGCGUCUCGGAGAAAACAAGGGUCUGGAGGCGAUUGUGAAUCUGCUAGCCAAGGCAGAUUGA